GUUCACCUCUCCACUCGCUCCCGUCGCGCGUGAACGAGAAGUGUUCGAUUGCGAGCCGCGAGAAAUGGCGGAGCUUGCAGAGGUGGCCAUUAAGGAGCUCCAGGAUUUUGCCACGUCCGCCAACACACAGGAGGAGGUGUUGAACCACCUGAAGAUGUGGGAGGGAUGGGGGAGAUACCACAGCUCCAUCGUCCUAGGCCCUGACCAGGAGAUUCCCCUGCCCGCCCGGGAAGAGCCCGACCCGAACGCCGUUGGCUUCGCGUACCCGUUGCCCCCUGUCGAGUUCAGACUGCGAAACAGCAGGAAGUAUCCGCCGCCCACCGACGAGGAAGCCUUCCGGGAGAUGUUUAAGCUCCUCCACUACGUGUGCGGGGAGGUUCUUUUUAAGAAGAACUACGUCCUGAGCGUGAUUUAUAACUGGAUCAAUAGCAAUCGCCGCGACAGCCCGGUCUGGCAGCGGGGCUUCAUCCAAGCCGGUGGCGCGCAAAAGCUCAUCGAGUUUUGGCACGAGGAGGGUGCUGAUCAGGAGACGGAUGAUGACUACAGCAUCCACUACUGGGUGCUGGCCAUUGUCGGGCGGAUGAUGGGCACAUGCCAGGAGUCACGUGUGCACCUCAUCAAGGAGGGCUUGAACAAACUCGUCUUGGAGGGCACCGGCUCGAAGAACAACGAGAUCCGGGAGUGCGCAGUGUGUGCCUUGAAAGGCCUCAUCCAGCACCCCGAGGGCCGUGAAGUGGUGACCUACAAGACGCUCAUCGAAUGCCUGGCACGGUGAGUUUGCAGCAGAUAUCCCAGUCGUUCUCAUGGUGAAUGCGAAGCCAUCCCCCCCCCCAAAACUUGAAGC